AAAUUUAACUUUGCCUUUCCUGUUCUUUCUUUCUUCUUUCUUACAACAAUGGAUUCUUUGUUAGCCAACUACGCCUCCUCAGAUGGCGAAGAAGAACAACCACAACAACAACAAAGCACCUCCUCUUUUAUAACUGCUCUUCCAAAACCUAAAACUUCCUCUCUCUUCUCUUCUCCCCCCCAACCUCAGAUAAACCCUAUCACUAAAAUCCCAAUUCAACCUAAACCCACUUCUAAUUCCAAUAAUUCAUCCAUUUUCUCUUCACUUCCUCUACCCAAAUCUCAAAACCCACAACCGCCUGAAAAAUUCACCAAAAGGGUUGUCCGAAUCAUCCCCGUGAUUAAAUCCAACAACUUCGAUGAAGACGACGAAGAUGAAGAAGAGGGAAAACAACGAAAGAAGCGGAAAGAAUCCCAACACUUGAAUCAAGAUUGUUCAGUGAAAUCGUUUUUGUCGAGCAUUCCGGCUCCCAAGAGCUCCGCGACAUUGGGGGUUUUUCAUUCUAAUCAGGGUUCUGGACGAAGAUCCAUUGUCGAAACAGAGGCUCCUGCAUCGAGCUCAAGUGGUUUUGAUGCCAAGAACGAAUCGAGUUAUGAAAUGGGUAGUGAUCAACAAGCUAUAGAUUAUGCAGUUCAAUAUCACAAUACAGAAAAUUAUGCGAGUCAUGAAGUUGGUAGUGAUCAAAAUGUUGUAGAUUAUGCAAAUCAUUAUCAAAAUGAAGAAAAUUAUGCGAGCCCUGGAGUAGAUAGUGAUAAGAAUGUAGGGAAUUACGAGAACUAUGUUGGUUAUGAAUCGGGUGUUGACCCAUAUGUGCAUAGUGCUGAUGGUUCAAGCUAUGUGAAUUAUGGGAAUUAUAAUGACUAUGGAGAUUAUUGGCAAUUUGAGUCGGGGCAGGAGAUCGCUGGUUUUAGAGUGUCAAGGAAGAAAGGUAAGAAUGAGAUUCCAACUGAAGUAGUGGAGGUAAAACAAGAUGAGUUAAUGAAGGAUCGGCCACGUGAGGACCAGGUCAAGUUGACUGGAAAAGCAUUUGGACCUUCUUAUCAGGCUGUUUCAACAAAGGGGAAGCCUACAAAGCUUCAUAAGAGGAAACAUCAAAUUAGUUCUUUGUAUUUUGAUAUGAAGCAGAAAGAGAUGGAACUAGCUGAGCGCCGAGCAAGGGGCUUACUGACUAAAGCUCAAACACAAGGAAAAUAUGGAUGGUGAAAAUUAACAUGGCUUCUUUGUCUUUUGUACCAGGAAACACUGCCAAAAUCAGUCUUUCUAUAACACAAAUAUUUCUUCUAAACUACAGUUUCCACCGUAUCAUCAUACAUGUGAUGUGAUCAACAUGUCAAAUUUAUAAAUUCCAUGGUUGCUUUUGUCA